AUGGUGCAGGCUGGCUCGGUGGUGAAGCUCUUCGUCGGGCAGAUCCCGAAGACGCUGGAGGAGGACGGCGUCCGCGAGGUCUUUCAGGAGUACGGCGAGAUUGCUGAGAUCGUCAUCCUGCGCGACCGCCGCUCGGGAAUGCACCAGGGGUGCUGCUUUGUCAAGUACAACGGGCUGCAGGCGGCGCAGGCGGCCAUCUCUGCGCUGCACAACCAGCGGUCGCUGCCGCCGCUGCGCAACCCGCUGCAGGUGCGCUUCGCGGACUCGGGCUCGAAUGGGGGGGAGCGCGGGCAGACGAACGCCGAGAACAAGCUCUUCGUCGGCGGCGUGCCCAGCGGGUGCGGCGAGAAGGAGCUCCGGCAGCUCUUUGGCACGUACGGCGAAGUGCAGGACGUCUACAUCCUCGCGUCAAAGUACGGAUCGCAGGAGGGGCAGCGCGGGUGCGCGUUCGUGCGCUACGCGUCGCCGCAGUCGUGCGUGGUCGCCAUCAACGCGCUCCACGGCAAG